AUGUCGACACCAGGAAAAGAGAUCAAGGUGCUGCUCUUUGGUUUGGGAGCCAUUGGAGGCUUCUAUGCAUUCAUCCUCGGGCGCAACAGAAAUGUAUCUCUCAGCGUAGUAGCGAGGUCCAACUAUCAACAAGUCAAAGACAAUGGUCUACAAAUCGAAAGUGCCACCCACGGUAACCACAGAGUCAACUUGUCUGGAGUAUACAAAACGCCAGAAGAAAUCACAUCGCCUUUCGACUACAUCGUCUGCACCCACAAAGCAGUAAACCCAUCAAAAAUACCUCCACUCUUCAAAUCUGCAGUAAAUGAAUCAACAACCUUCGUCAUCAUCCAGAAUGGCGUUGGCAACGAAGAACCCUUCCGUACCACUUUCCCUCAAAACACAAUCAUCAGCUGCGUAACAUGGGUAGGAGCAACCCAAAAAUCACCUGGAGUUAUCGCACAUCUACAAUCCGAAGAUAUGCAAAUGGGUCUAUUCCCCAACGCCAACGUCCCUCAAGAUCUCGAGCAGAGCAGACUAGACACUUUUGCUACACUACUCAGAACCGGCGGCACAAGGUUCCAAGUCGAGGAAGAUAUCCAAAUCAAGCGCUGGGAAAAGGUCACUUGGAAUGCAGCCUGGAACUCCAUCACCACACUCACAGAUGUCAAUACACAAGACUGGCUCGCAUCGACUCCCCAAGCAAUGGAAAUCACCAAACGUUUGAUGCACGAAGUGAUAGAUGUAGCUAAUCGAUGUAACGUCCCUGUCGAACACAAACUAGCAGAUGCUUUGGUGGAUAAGAUAUUGGGCAUGCCGGGCAUAUAUUCGAGCAUGCAUACUGACAUGAAAGAAGGCAAGCCUCUGGAGGUGGACGUCAUCUUGGGGUAUCCCAUGCAGAAAGCAGUCGAGUUCGGUAUGGAUGUGCCGGUGCUGAGUACCAUUUAUGCUCUGGUGACCGCCGUGAACGGGAGGUUGAGCAAACUUUAG